UUCUGUUCCCUCUUCCUUUAGGAGGCUGUGAAGGAUCCCUCCCACUGACCAUGUCUGACAGUGCAGAUAGUGAGGAGAAGCCCCCAGCCCCUCCGCUGAGAAUGAAUAGCAACAACCGGGACUCUUCAGCCCUCAACCACAGCUCCAAGCCCCUGCCUGUGGCCCCUGAGGAGAAGAACAAGAAGGCCCGACUCCGCUCCAUCUUCCCUGGAGGAGGGGAUAAAACCAAUAAGAAGAAAGAAAAGGAGCGGCCAGAGAUCUCUCUUCCUUCUGAUUUUGAGCAUACAAUCCAUGUGGGGUUCGAUGCCGUCACUGGGGAAUUCACUAGAGCCCUCCCUUGUAACAAAGUCCAUCAAGGCAAAGCAAUCGUUCCGUUGGCCGGGGCUGCCGGUCUCGGCCUCAUCCAGUGUGUCGAGGGGCUGGAGGCACGGGGAAUCCCCGAGCAGUGGGCAAGACUUCUUCAGACUUCCAACAUCACCAAGCUGGAGCAGAAGAGAAACCCGCAGGCCGUCCUCGAUGUCCUCAAGUUCUACGACUCAAAGGAGACUGUCAACAACCAGAAAUACAUGAGCUUUACUUCUGGAGAUAGGAGUGCUCACGGAUAUUUGGCAGCCCACCCUUCGCAGACUUUGAUUCCAAGACCAGCUUCCCUCUGUUACCUGGAUACCUCAGCUGCCGAGGGAGUGAAGGCUCAGAGUACCAAAACAGCAUCCGAACCUCCUUUGGCCCCUCCGGUGUCUGAAGAAGAGGAUGAAGAUGAAGAAGAAGAGGAAGAGGAGGAGAACGAGCCCCCCCCAGUAAUUGCGCCACGCCCUGAACACACCAAAUCUAUUUAUACGCGCUCCGUGAUGGAUGCUGCCCUGCCAGCGGCGCCCCCAAAAGAGGCUUCCGCCCCCACGGCAGAGAACUCGCCCUCCAACACGCUCUACCGAAAUGCUGAUCGCCAGAGGAAGAAGUCCAAGAUGACAGACGAAGAGAUCCUGGAAAAGCUGAAUGAGGAAACUGAGUCUCAGAGAGGAAGCAUCGUGAGCAUCGGUGAUCCCAAGAAGAAAUACACGAGAUUUGAAAAAAUUGGCCAAGGGGCAUCAGGUACUGUCUAUACUGCUUUGGAUAUCGCCACAGGACAGGAGGUGGCCAUAAAGCAGAUGAACCUCCAGCAGCAGCCCAAGAAGGAAUUAAUUAUUAACGAGAUUCUGGUCAUGAGGGAAAAUAAGAACCCCAACAUUGUGAAUUAUUUAGACAGCUACUUGGUGGGCGACGAGCUGUGGGUAGUCAUGGAGUACCUGGCCGGCGGUUCUCUGACCGAUGUUGUCACGGAGACUUGUAUGGAUGAAGGCCAGAUAGCGGCUGUCUGUAGAGAGUGUCUCCAGGCUUUGGAUUUCUUGCAUUCAAACCAAGUCAUCCACAGAGAUAUUAAGAGUGACAACAUUCUCCUUGGGAUGGAUGGCUCCGUCAAACUUACGGACUUUGGGUUUUGUGCCCAGAUCACUCCUGAACAAAGCAAAAGGAGUACUAUGGUGGGGACCCCUUACUGGAUGGCCCCUGAAGUGGUGACAAGGAAGGCCUAUGGGCCUAAAGUGGAUAUCUGGUCCCUUGGGAUCAUGGCCAUAGAAAUGGUGGAGGGUGAACCCCCAUACCUGAAUGAAAAUCCGCUCCGGGCCUUGUACCUUAUAGCUACUAAUGGCACCCCGGAGCUCCAGAACCCUGAGAGACUUUCUCCUGUGUUCCGAGACUUUUUAAACCGCUGUCUGGAGAUGGAUGUGGACCGGCGAGGGUCCGCCAAGGAGCUUUUGCAGCAUCCGUUUUUAAAACUAGCCAAGCCUCUCUCCAGCCUGACUCCUCUGAUCCUUGCUGCGAAAGAAGCGAUUAAGAACAGCAGCCGCUAGUGAGGAGAGGGAGGGCCUUCACCCGCCCCGGCCCUGGCGCGUGUAGAGCCGGACACCCCCCCCCCC